GUAGCCCAGUACUGGUUGGGCGUCUGGCUGAUCACCAAGCUCCCCUAGCGGAAUCCACGUGACUACUGAUGAAUCCAAGACAAAGUAAAGCGCUUGGCAUAAACAAGAGCGCGAAUUCGGAUUCCUUCUCUGCUCCGGUCAGGAUUUCUUGUUUAUUUGUAUUGCUCCUAGAACCAUUCCCCCAAUCGGUGGUGUAGACGUGCGACGCACUAGCUCCACACCUGUAUAAUUAUUAUCACCCCUUCCUGGUCGCGCUAGAUAGGAGCAAAUUGAAAUGUCGCAUCAGGAGAGCCUCGAAAUUGUGCGCAACUUGGUGACAGUGGUUGCACGCACGUUCUACGAUGACCGGUACGUUCUGGCGCUUGACUUUCUGAACCGGCACGAGCGUGCGCGCGACGAUGUGCUUGGCAAGUACAUGCACGUCCAUUCGCGCGAGGUUCACAAGGUGUGUGGAAAACUGCGUGAAGACAAGCUGCUGCGGUCAGACAAGCGGGCAGAGCCCCGUGAGCCUGGCCAGCAGCCAGUGCCUCGCACAUACUACCACCUGGACUACAAGCUGUUUGUCGAUGUGGUCAAAUGGCGCAUGUGGAAGCUGCAGACGCUGGUCAAGGAGAAGAUGGAGGCUGAGCAGCAAAAGCUUGGGUAUGAAUGCCCGUCAUGCAACGCGCAUUACUCGACCAUGGAGGCGCUGUCGUUGGUGGAUAUGGCGACUGGCAUGUUUUUGUGCGAGAACUGCAGCUCCCCGCUGGAGGACAACAAGGACUCGGAGUUUUCGCUGGAGUCGCAGCGCGAGUUGUCGCGGUUUAUGGAGCAGUGCCAGCCGAUCAUCAAUCUGCUGAAGAAGACCGACUCGAUUAUCUUGCCUGCACCGACGCCCUUUGAUCAGGUGCCUGUGCCGGAUAUGAGCGGUAAUGGCGAGAACGGCGCUGACGGCAAGGGUCCAAAUGGCGGUGGCCGUGAGCUUAACGUUGCCCGCAACACUGGUAUCAACACAGGCGAUAUCCUGAUUGGGUUUGCGCCAGACCUGACGCCCAAGGAGACAGCGCGUAUCCGUGAAGCCGAGCUGGAGCGCAAGCGCCGACAGAAUGCGCUGCCUGCUUGGCAUAUCUGGUCGACGGUAUCCGGUGUGCAGAUGGUCGUCGAUGAGCGGAUUCCGCCUGAGGCGAAGAUGAUCCAUGAAAAAUACACAGAGCGGCACGAGUUGCUUAGGCGCAAGUGGGACAAGCGCGCACGGCAGCGUGUGCGGCUGGUUGAUCGUGAGUUGGCCGAAGCAAAGCAGGUGGUGGAGGCUGGGCAGCGUGAGGGGAAGGAAGAGCGCGAAGAGAAGGACGAGUCCAAACGUGAAGGGUACUACUCAAAGUACUACGGUGAUGUUGCACGCUGCGUUGGCAUCCAGUUGCCACACGACCCUCGUGAAGGCUACCAGCACUUGCUGGACCAGCUGGCUGAGGCCGAGGAGCACGAGCGCCAGGAGAAGGAGAAGAGGCGGCUUGAGCAGGAGAAGCAGGAGAAGGAGAAGCAGGAAGCGGCAGCUGCCGCAGCUGCAGCGGGCAACACGCAGCACCCGUACCGGCGGUUCCGCAACAGGAACAGCCACUUUGAUCGGCAUAAGCGCGAUGCUGCCAGCUCGGCUGCGUGGAAGAUGAAGAAGAGGCUGUUUGCGUUUAUCGAUGGUGAGCAGACAGAUGGUGCAGUUGUGCCGGCCAAGGGCAACAAUGCCGAGUCUGAGGCCAACGAGGAUGGCGAGAAGCCGGCUGAGAAGAGCAGUGGGCAGGAUGUGCCAGCAGAUCUGCUGGACCCUGCGGCGCUCGAGCCUUCGGAUUCUACAUUGGAGAGCAUAGUGGUGGAGGACCCGGACCAUGCUCCGAGCGUUAAAAUAUUCGUCGAUGGCCAGCCCAAGCCCAUCGCACAUAUUACCAUCGACGAUGAAGCGCGCAUGUCGAUUGAGGAGUACGCCGAGUACUGGCACACCUGGCACAAGGUGCAGCAGCAGUCGGUUAUGUAAACUGUGUCAGCGGCGAGCUAGCAUUCCUUGAAUUAAGGCAAAUACAUGCUUCAUGCUCCAUGCCUCAUGCAUUUGUAUCAUCUUCGUAUAAAACCUUGGCCAUGGCAGCGCAUUCAACAUG